GUCAUAGCUGCCCUUGUGACAUCAUGGCCGUCUCCUCCACACCCUUCCGGCCCUGCCAGCAUUAAAGGAGCAGCACCCAUCAGGGGAGGAUGACCUGAACCACUCCCUCUGACCAUGGGAAGCCCUUGCUGUAAGCCUCAGCCAGAAGAGAAAGUGACACCGGAGAAGAAACCGAAGCCUGAGAAGAUCGAGAAAGCACCAGCGCCUCCUCCACCUCCGAAGCCAAAGCCACUGCCCCCUAAUGCUGCGGCGCUAAGCACCAAGAUCCAGGCGUGGUGGCGCGGCACGCUGCUUCGUCGCACGCUCCUGCACGCGGCGCUCAGAGCCUGGGUCAUUCAGUGCUGGUGGAGGAAGCUGCGGCAGAGGCACGUGGAGAGGAACCGACAGGCGCUGCUGGAUUUCUACUUGUGGCAGACGCGGGCAGCUGUCAGGCUGCAGACCUGGUACCGCAUGUGGUGCAUCCGAAGGCGAUACUGCACCGUGCUGAACGCUGUCCACAUCAUCCAGGGUUGCUGGCGCUAUCAUAAAAGCCAGACUCGUUACUUCUUCAGGGGCGUCUAUGAGAUCACAGCAAGCCAGCUAAAACUCCAGCUGGACAUGGCUUUUGGACCUCAAAUCUGUCGGAUUACAGAUAGCAUCCCCUUCCCAAUAAAGGACUGACCAGGUCUGCUCCAA